UUGGAGCAUGUGGUCCCUUACAUUUCUCUGUCUCUCUCUCCUACAUUUCAGUGAGCGGUUUCUGGUGAGACUGAACAAGAAUGGUGGGCCAAGGAACCCAGAGAAGAUAGAACGAAUGUGUGCCCUUUUUACAGAUCUGAGCAGCAAAGAUAUGAAGAGAGAUUUAUAUAUAGUUGCGCAUGUGAUACGAAUAGGCCGGAUGCUCCUGAAUGACUCAAAGAAAGGCCCUGCUCACCUGCACUACCGGCGACCAUAUGGCUGUGCAGUCCUAAGCAUCCUGGAUGUUCUACAGUCGCUCACAGAAUUAAAGGAAGAAAAGGACUUUGUUCUUAAGGUUUACAC